UCUUCGACGCAGCUUCUCUCGAGAGCUGCACACUUUUUACCAAUUUUCCACGAGUCCGUGUCGUCGUCUGCUCUCACUCCGAGUUUCGUUUAAACUACACGACAAGCUGGAUAACGCUGAUGAGACGACCAUGGAGAACAACGAGACGGAAAGCAUAAAAAUUGAGUCGGUCGUCGACCCGAAAAAGGAGAUCGAAGUGAAAGCAGAAAAGGUCGCUGUGUCUAACAAGGAGAGGCGAAAUGGCAAGGAAGAGAAGCCGAGGUCCAAGAAGGACGACAAGACCAUAGAGCAAAUCCUGAAGGGUCUAGGUACCUUGGAAACACCGGAGGAGAAGCUGUCCGCUCUGUGUAAGAAGUACCUGGAGGUCAUAGAUGAGAAUCGCAAGUUACAAGCGACUCUCAAACAGACUGAGAAGAAAGUACUGAUGAUUCAGAGAGAGAAGGAACAGUUUCAGUCAGAGAAGAGCAAAGCUGUUCUCACCCGGAGUAGACUUGAGAGUCUAUGCCGGGAACUGCAGAGGCAGAACAAAGCUGUGAAGGAGGAAAGUCUGUUGAAGAUAAGGGAGGAGGAGGAAAAAAGGAAGGAAGUUUCUGCCAAGUUUCAGAGUACAUUGGCAGAAAUCACUGCUCUGAUGGCUGAAACCAAUGAAAAGAAUGUCAAGUUGCACGAGGACAACAUUGAGAUUCACAAGAAAUUCAAGUCAGUAUUCGAUGAAAUGGAUAUCAGGGAACAGCAUUUCGAGGGUAUGCACCAGAUGAUGAAGCACGAGCUUCAGAUGGCAGAGGCCAAACUGGCCAAGAUCACUUUGGAAAUGACGGAAGAGAAGGAAACCCUUUUGAAAGAGAAGAAUCAACUUUUACUUAAACUGACAGAGUACCAAGCCAAAAUUAAGGAGCUUCAAACUGUUGAAAGUAACUUGAGGAGCCAGGUGAAUAUGUACACUGAUAAAUACGAGGAAUUCCAAUCUGCCUUGACAAAGAGUAAUGAAGUUUUUGGAGGAUUCAACGAGGAGAUGGAAAAGAUGUCCAAGAAAAUUUUAAAGUUGGAAAAAGAAACAGGUAUAUGGAAAUCACGCUGGGAAAAGAGCCACAAUGCCUUAUUGGAAAUGGCAGCUGAUAAGCAAACGAGGGACGGUGAAAUCGCCACACUGAACCGAAAGUGUUCACUUUUGCAAGAGCUAUGUAAAGCUUUCCAGCAAGAAAGAGCAACGCUUUUAGCACAGCUGAAAGAAAAAUCUACCAACAACAAUGAAGAAAACAAAACCGAAGACAAUCAGAUGCUUAUUGAAAGCGUCAAAAAUGCUGCAGAAGCUUUAACGGUUAAUGGAACGUCGAUUAUUGACGACAUAAAUGCCAAACUCCAAGAACGAACCAAAGAAACAAAGACUGAAACUACUUGCCCUACCGCAGACAAGACGGAAUCAAGUAGGGAAGUUUCAAAUUCAAAGGCAAAAGAAAUUCCAAAUAAGGAAGAAACCGAAAAUAUCAGUACCAAGACUGUAAAUAGCAAAGAUGACAAAAGACUUGAAGCGAAUGUACCUGUAAAAACAGAAGAAACUAAAUCUACAAUCAAUAGCCCUUCUACGGAUGUAAAAUCUGAAAGUUCCACGGAAUGUAAUAAAAAUGAGAAAAACUCCUCGCAAGUGCCUGUUGAAACAAAAGUGGUAUCCGAAACCGCGACUGUUACAUUAAAUACAGAACAAUUACCAGAAUCAAAAAGAGAGGAAGUAGUUGAUUCGGUAGUUUCGAAUACUCCAGACAUAAUUAAGUGUGUCAGCGAAUCACAAGUCAGUGAUAAGAAGGAAAAUCAACUGCAGGAAUCAGUGAUUUCCGAAAUCGAAGAUGCACCUAAACUGGAAAAUCAUGCUGAAAAUGCAGAGAAAGUAGUACCUAAUGGAGAGGUCGAUUCUCAGCCAGUGGCAAAUAAGAAGCACAAGGACGGGAAGAAAAAGAGAAGCAAAAACUAAAGCAUUUUUACUAAAAAGAGAAAAAUGCAUCCUAAAGUGAUGUAGCGAGAUAACUCCAGAACCAAAAGUCUAUCCAGUAGAUCCCACUGAAGUUGAGUGUGAAUCUUUUAGAUUUGGAAACUUUUGAUGAGUGAGAAGUUUAUAUACAUAAUGUAAGUGUUCUUUUUAGAAUCAAGGUUACUCAUUGAUCUCAAGUCAAUGUAUUUUUGGUAAUUCUUGGAACAGAUUUCAAUAAGAAGUGCAUCCUUCAAGACUAGUUCCUGUAUUGUACGAUCGGCCGAUUAUAAUUAUUGCCAUUCAGUUUUUAAUUUAAAUAACGUUACACUACUUAAUGAAACUUAAAAGGAGGUACACAGAUGACAAUUUUAAUAUUUCUAUACUACAUUCUAGAUUAUUUAAAACUUUUUUAUCUCUACAAUCGCAAACGUGUUUACUUAAGCCGUGUAAACAUUUGAUUAUAUUUUAUAAAACGAGAGUAUUUACAGAUUGUAAUUCAAUAUUCAAGAGUCAUUGAAUACGAUAUUAUCUAGGAGCCUCCAUUUCUACAUUUGAGAUCUAAAUAACUUUUAAUGUUUUCUCGACUGCUCUUUAAUUAAGUUAACAAGUUAUUUCAUAGUGUAUUUAUUUAUUUUUUAUUUUCUCGUUCAACACUGUAAUAAUAAACGUUUCAUUUCGCAUCAAUCGCUUUUUUUACAUUUGAUUGCAACAAUCAAUUUUGCAUCGAUUCAUAUCCUUCAAACGUACUUAAAAUAGCAAAGUGGUAUGUAGUAAUUUUGAAAAUUAUUUGUAUAUAAAAAAAA